ACCAUUCAAUAUUUUCUCAACGAAAAUGUCUCUUGCUAGCUUCCUACUACACUUUCUCUUCUUAAUCUCCAUUUUCAAUGUUUCAAUUGCCACUAGACGCCUAACGGAGUUAGUUCGUGAUCCCACUAAUCUGUUGAAAUACCAUAACGGCCGUCUCCUCACCGGCAAUAUCUCCGUCAACCUCAUUUGGUAUGGCAACUUUAAACCGUCACAAAAAGCCAUCAUCUCUGAUUUCAUCACCUCCAUAUCCUCCACAUCUCAACCGUCACAAAAACCCUCCGUCGCUACAUGGUGGAAAACCACCGAGAAUUACCACAGGAAAUUAAACCGACCCGGCUCGAUAUCCAUAGGACUUGGUAAACAAGUAUCCGACCCGAAAUACUCUCUCGGGAAGUCUUUAACGGACGAUAAUCUCGUUAAACUCGCUUUAAGCGCAAGCAUUGAUUUGCCAGACACCGUUAACAUUGUUUUAACGGCGGCUGACGUGGCAGUUACACGUUUUUGUACCAGCCGAUGUGGGACUCACAGCUCCACGUUGUCAAAUUCCAAAAAUGCCCAUUAUAAAUUUGUUUAUAUUUGGGUUGGCAACUCGGACACUCAGUGUCCGGGUCAAUGCGCCUGGCCGUUUCACCGGCCUAUCUACGGACCACAGGGUGCGCCAUUGGUCGCACCCAACAAAGAUGUGGGUCUAGACGGGAUGGUGAUUAAUUUGGCCAGUUUAUUAGCUGGUACAGCUACGAACCCAUUUGGGGAUGGGUAUUAUCAGGGGGAUGUGAGGGCACCGUUGGAGGCUGCAUCCGCGUGUCCUGGGGUGUAUGGAAAAGGGGCGUAUCCGGGUUACCCGGGGAACUUGUUGGUGGACCCGAAAACGGGUGCAAGUUUUAAUGCAUAUGGUACAAAAGGAAGGAAGUAUUUGGUUCCGGCUAUGUAUGACCCAUCUACCUCCAAAUGUUCCACUUUGGUGUAACGUGUGAGAAAAAUGUCAUGUAAAAAAAUAAAUUGUGGAUGGAUAAAGUUUUAUGAAGAGUUGUGUUAAUAAAUGAUACUUUAUUUAAAGAAA